UCCGUCUCCUUUUCGGUGCUCUAUAUGUGGCUCUUGUGGAAUCUGCUCCAAAUGUUUUCCAUAUUAGUUCAGAGUCCUUUCUGAUUCUGAAUAGCAGGGAUCGCGUAGGGAGAGAAGCCUCCAGUGAGGAGGGAGGGGAAAGGCAGGGCAAGGGAGCAGUCCAGCUAGAGAGAGCAAAAGAAACGGCAGGCGAGAAAGAAAAGGAAGGACAAACAGAUAGAGGGCGAGUACAAGAACGUCCAGUCGGCCUAAAGGAAGGUUAAGAACCUCAGCACGAGACAGGAGGAAUUAUGGGGUCGGGGACGAGUCCGAUGGGGUCGACUGGAGGAGGCAAUGCAACCGCUGGCAAGGAGAAGAAGGGACAAGCAGAAACUGGAGGCUCAGUGCUGGAGGAAGCCCAAAAAUGUUGUGGCUGUCGCUUUCCUUUGCUGGUCGCUCUGUUACAGCUUCUGCUGGGCAUCGCAGUAGCAGCUGUGGCCUUCCUAAUGGUUGCCAUUAGCUCCUCUCUGCUUCCUAGGGAGACUCCCCAUUGGGCCGGCAUUAUUAUGAUUGUGGUUUCUCUGCUGGGAUUCGUCCUCUUCUGCAUCACCAGAGUGCCCGAUGAGAGAGCGACGACUCAAUUUAUUGUAAAGCUUCUGUACUUCUUCCUGUGCACGAUGGGGAUGGUCAUUUCUGCAGUGGUCAUUGCCUUCCAGUGCUACCAUUAUGCCUUGACUAACAGCUACAGCUGCAAGGAAAUGGGGGAGAACUGUUUGUGCACUCUGGACCCUGAGGACCCCAUCGCCCGCACCUUCAUCUACAGCGGUGUGACAGACUGCAGUGCUAUCGUAAGCACUCUACCCAUCUAUUACCUUCUGCAGAUGGUGCUGAACCUGGCUCAGGCUAUCGUCUGCCUGGUGGGGGCCUUCCUCGUAUGGAAGCGCAGGUAUCAGGUGUUUUUCGCUGGGCUUCAGACGGGAUCUCCUUCUACCCAGAAUUGGCAGAAUGUUUAGGGCACUGAGAGAUUUCUCUGUAGAAGUAACCAUGUGGCGUGUGGGAGUGUUUGUGCCUUUAGAGAAGAAACUGUUUGCUGCAGUGUCUGCCAUACUGGGAGUUUUAUGACAUGCAACCUUUUAUCAAAGCAAUUGAAUGAGUCGGUUUGUAUUGCCAUAUUAUAAUAUUUCCGGAAGUUUUAUGCAAUCUUUAGAGUUACUGUAUUUUUCUACAAUGGCUGUUUGAAAACUUCCACUUGUUGAGGUUAACGGUUUCUUUUUACCCCUGACAAGAAGAGUAUUUUUAAUUAUAAAACCAGUGAGUGACACACCAAAAACCCUGACAUUUUAGGAAAAUGAGUAAUGGCAUGCAUGAAAAUGUAUUUAAUUGCCAGUAUUACAUUUUGCAUGGUCCAAAAACAAAAACACCUUAAAAUGCAAUUAUCCACAAAAUAACCUUUACCUUUUACUUUUUAUCUAACUUCAGGUGCGUUUAUUGUCCAUUGUUUCAGAGACAAAAUUCCUGGUGGUUCAUAAGAAUACACAGGAGCAACAUUCUUUAACAUUUCUUAGAUAAAAAAUGUGAUUUCUAAAAUAUAACACUGUGUACACAGCAGUCAGAGAUAAUAGGUGUGUCCAGUGACGAGGCUGGACGGGCUUGUGGACUGAAGUCACAGUUUAUGCAGCCAGUCAGUCAGGGACUGGGGGGGUUCAAAGGGGUACUAAGACAAACAGCAGGACACUGCCUCCACUUUCAUGCAAUGGAAGGGCAAAAUUAUUUUACAUAAGUCUAUUGCAUAUUUUAUAUUUGUGGCCAGGUGAAACUUGAGCAAAAUGUAAAGCCUGACAAUCAAUCCAAAAAGCUCUGUUUUUCAUCAUUAAGUCCUGGUCAAUUAAGCUUAUAAACCAAAUGAAAAAGACUGAGUGAUAUGAACACUGCCAACAGGAAGAGAGCUGCCUGAGGUGUUAAAAGAGUCUGUUGCUUUAAAGAGACCUUCAGUCUGGUGUUUGGAAGAAAUGCAACAUGAUGCUUCAGCACAGAAGAAAAAAAAAACAACAACCUUAAAUGUAAGCUUUGUAUGACUCAUCUUUCCUUUGAGCCGAUUUCUAAUAAAAGGCAUUUACAUAA